AUGGCGGAGCUACAACAGGAAGAAAAGACCCAAGACAUCAGUCAAGUCGGCUCAAAUACGCCUGGAGAGAUGGCUCAUGUCAAUGACCUUCGACGAGACUUCAAGCCCCGUCACGUCUUCAUGUUCUCCAUAGCUUGUGCCAUCGGAACAGGUCUAGUCAUCGGCACUGGGAGUGCAUUAUCGAGAGGAGGGCCCGGUAGUCUCUUGAUCGCCUAUAUCUUGGUUGGAUGUACCGUCUUCUUCGUCAUGACAGCCAUUGGUGAGAUGGCAACUUUUCUCCCAAUGAACAAAGGUUUUGGAGGCUAUGCGACUCGUAUGGUCGACCCUGCAUUUGGAUUUGCGACUGGUUGGAACUACGUUCUCAAGUAUAUCGUGGCUACACCGACGAACCUCACAGCUGCUGGUCUCGUCCUGCAGUUCUGGAGACCAGACCUCAAUGUAGCCAUCUGGAUUACGGUUUUCGGAGUUGCCAUUGUGACGAUAAACGUAUUGCACGUUAAUAGCUUUGGCGAAACAGAAUUCUGGCUAGGCUGUGCCAAAAUACUUAUCAUGUGCGUUUUGAUCCUUAGUACCUUCGUCGUUGCGAUGGGAGGUGGACCAAACCACGAUCGAUCCGGUUUCCGAUACUGGCGAGACCCUGGAGCGUUUGCAGAAUAUCUACUCGAAGGCUCGUUGGGGCGAUUCCUUGGUUUCUGGGCUUGUUGCUGUCAGGCCUGUUUCGGAUUUACUGGCACUGAAGUCGUUGGUAUGACUUUUGGUGAAACCCCGAAUCCACGCAAGAACGUGCCGCGAGCUGUCAAGCAAACAUUUUGGAGAAUUGCUUGUUUCUAUAUCAUCGGUGUCUUGGUGCUCGGAAUGGCGGUUCCUUAUGACAACGAACAACUUAUCGGAGCCACAAAACAGGCUACCAGCGGAGCUGCAUCUCCAUUCGUUGUUUCAGUUAGCCUUGCUGGAGUACAUGUUUUCGCGGAUAUCAUCAACGGCUGCCUAUUAGUAUUCACACUCAGUGCUGCAAGCUCAGAUAUCUAUUGCGCUUCAAGAUCCCUCUACGGUCUUGCUAAAGACGGCCAGGCACCGCGUUUAUUUGCAAAGGUUCGUGAUAAUGGCAAUCCCAUAUAUGCAGUUGGCUUUGCUUCCCUGUUCAUUGCCAUGGGAUAUCUGAACGCCAGCAAAUCAUCAUCCGCUGUGUUUGGCUAUUUCGUCAGUCUUGUGACAGUCUUUGCUGUACUCAACUGGGUCGCUGUUCUUAUUACCCACAUCCGAUUCCGCCAUGCCUUGAAGGCUCAAGGAAUUGCGAUCACAGAAUUGCCAUACGUUGGAUUUCUCCAGCCUUACGGUUCAUACUUCUCCCUGACUGUGUCAUUGUUGGUCAUUAUUUUCAAUGGUUAUGAUGCUUUCAUUCCACACUUUAAGCCAGAGACGUUUGUACUGAAGUACCUUGGCACACUCAUCUUUAUUAUCAACGUUUGCUGGUGGAAGAUCAGAAACAAGACAACCUUUUGGCGGUUAACAGAUAUCGAUCUUGUCACUGGUAGGCGAGAGUGA